AUUUUCUAAACCAAUUAUAUUCAGUUUCAUUAUGUUUUUUAGUACGCAGAACCUUCCACACGACGAAAACAUCCAAAACGAGCAGUUCUAUCGUCCGACGAGGAAGAUGACAUGGAACCUUCGGCCUCAUCACCUCCUUUGAAACGGCUACGCCUGGAAGAUGAUAAUGCACUGGAACACUUUCUUAUGGAUGUUGAAGGUGGCGACUAUGAUCAAGACUUCAAGUCUGUGCCGACAGGGCGUCAGAAACGCGCAAUCGUUAAACCCAAGAGAUUCGGAGGGGAAGAUGAAUCACCCACAACGACAAAACAUGACGACACAACGAAGAAGAAGAGAAGUAAAACGAAAAGGGUCGAACUCUCAGAUCCAGAGUCGGAGGAAAAUUUUGAGCCAGAUGAAGAAGACCUUGCACAAGAUUUGGGAACGUUGCAUGACGGCGACGGCGACGAUUUCGAGGACCUUCCGAAACGUCCCUCUAGACCAAAAACCAAAAGUGGUGGCAGAGAGCAGAAAGCAAAGGGGAAAGACACGACGGGACAACCAUCUAGAAAGUCGAAGCAGAAGCCCCAACUGAAUGUCACUACCAGCCCGAUGGUUAAUGUUGUGGACGACUCUAAUUCACCUGUUGCAUCUACUUCACAAGACGUCGUUGUCAUAAAGGAGACCGGUUCCAGCUCCCCGCCAGUAAAAAAGCGCAAGUUGCCACAAAUCAGAAAGAAUAAAUCUAGCACUACUGGGACGCCUAUUGUAGCGAUUAAAUCUGCUGGUACAGUACCGUCCAAAGCAAACAACAUGGAGAGCUCGGACAUCGCGAAGACUCCAAUACUCAGAAACGGUCUUGCUACGACUAGUGCAGACCUCGAUCUGCGGAAUAAUAAUGUUUAUGCAGAAUUAUUCGGAGGGCCCGGUGCGUCUAACAUGCGUUCCGGGACUAACAAGCAAGAGCAAAGACGGAAAGAGUUGGAUAAAAUGAGGGAAGAGGCGCGAGCUAAGAGAGUGACGGAAGCCCGUGGCUCCUUUGCCCUUCAAGCUCAAAUGGAGAAGAUAUUGCGGUUUGAGGAGAGGUUCCGGAAGAGCAACAGUCCUGCUUUAUAUCCAAAUAUCCUCGGCGCAAAGAUGAGGGAGGUGCACGAUCGAGAAAAGGCACGUCGAGGGGAAAGUUCACGAGAUGUUCCGUCGAAUGAACACGAACUAGAGGAAGGAGAGAUGACCUAGCUAUCGUCGUGACAUGAGACAUUGAUAUACGUGCUAUGCCGCAUAAAUAUAAGAUUAAAGCAG